AUGCGCGCAAUAAAAUCAAUAAAAUUAUUCCAAAUUUUGACAAUCGCUUUUCUUCUGUCAAUCGUCUGCGUCGUUUUCUCGCUCCCAGCACCUACCGAUCUACCUGACCCACAGUGCCAAUGCACUGACGGUCAUUGGGGCUCAUCUUGUUGCGGAGAUCCAGGCGAUAUACCUGACCCAGUGUGUCAAUGUAAUGACGGUAGUUGGGGCUCAUCUUGUUGCGGAAAUCCAGGUGGAAAUCCAGGUGGAAAUUCAGGUGGCGAUAUCCCUGAUCCUGAUCCAGAGUGCCAAUGUAAUGACGGUAGUUGGGGCUCAUCUUGUUGUGGAAAUCCAGGUGGAAAUCCAGGUGGAAAUCCAGGUGGCGAUACCCCUGAUCCAGAUCCAGAGUGCCAAUGCUAUGACGGUACUUGGAGCUCAUCUUGUUGCGGAUCCCCAUACGGGCCUGAAUAA